UUCAGCGUCGCCAUCACUGGCUGCGAUGCGGCAAGUUGAAUUAAAAUCUAGUAGAUAGAACGCGGCACGCUCCCUCAGCGGGCACACGUUUCGCAACCCUGGAAACUUGCCACUGAAGAAACGCGGGAAAUCUACACCGGAUCAAGAUGGUGGCCUCCAUGUUGCAGAAUAAGGCGGCUUUUUUAAUCAUUAUUGGCUUAUCGCACGUCUUGGCAGCGCCCGUUGCUCAAAAUGCAGGGGGCGACGGACAGGAGGGACGAGCGGACGUGCCUGUUGAGCAGUUGGAAAAACUGAAAAUUGCCGAAUCAAAGGAACGGGGUCCUGAGAUUGCAGAACACGUGGAAUAUCAUAGAAUAGACGCAGUAAAAACGAAUGGAGAGCUGGUGUCCCGUCUAGAAGAGCACGCGUCAGCCGACUCAGCCCCGGGGGAGAAGCCGAAGGUGCACGCCCAAGCACAGCUAGACCUGCCGGUCGAGGGGGUCCACAAGGUGGUUGUGCAAGAUGGCGCCCAAGUCAGCGUGCAGGACGCCACUGCUGCCCCCAGUGAGGAGGUCACUGCUAAGAUUUUCCACGGCGCAGCUCGACUGGUGCAGCCUGGCUCCGCCACCAGCAACCCUCCGAGCGGCCACACUGCCGCUCGUAGAGCUUUCAACGCUGACAUUACCAAGGAAACUAAAAAUAACGUUGAUCAUUACGCAUCAUAUUCGGGAGUGCAAUACUCUCCUCUGGACAUGGCAGAGUACGUGUUUUGGACGGGUGACGAGCGCGGCGUAACCACCGCCAUUGAAGACUUCCUCCAGGAGGGACUGAUGACGAAGGAAGAAGCCAUCGCGUUCCUGCAAGAGAUCAAGUUUAAUAUCGACUACCUCCGAGCACACUACUCACAGAGCCUGAAGGCUGUCGAGGAAUCUGUUCAGCAGGAGAAACUCAGGAACAUGCUGAUGGAGCAAGCUAAUGCCAAGGAGUACCAAUACCGCAACCCGAUGCCCCUCCAAUCGUUCCCAUUCGGGAACAGCCCUGAUAUCAUCCGAGCCAUCGCCAGCAAGAACUGGGAGCUGAGCAACAAUCUCUCUCCGAUUCCUGUGCUCCCAGUCUCCUCGGACUUGCGCCCGGAGCCCAUUAAGAGGACGUACGACCCGAUGCUGCAGACCAACAUUAUUAGUACCUCGGACUACGAUCGAGAUGGUCAAAUCAUAACUGAGGAAGAAUAUGAAGAGAUGAUGGAUAAAUUGAAGGCAGCUGAUACUCUAUACACGGAAUAUACGUUGGAAGAAAUUAUUUACCAACUGGCUAAGAUGAUGUUCUCGCAGUCGCUCUCCCGAGACCCGCAGUCGGCGCGCGCCGCCACGCAGCGAUUCAUGGCCUUCCUGGAGCUGGAAGCUGAGAGGGGGCAACUCUCGCGCACUAUUGAGAAGAAAGUCCUUGAUGUUAUGAUUGCUGCACUAACAGACACAAUUGGCGACCAUCCUGAACUAUUGCAGGCCCGUGAGGGACUUGGCAUCAACCCUUCCAACAGGCUAAUGAAUCAAUUUCUGGAGGCGAGCGCUUCGGAGCCGAGUAUGUCGCGCGCAAUCCUGGCCGCUUACAAAGACGAGCUACUGAAGGGGCCGCCACUGCGCAAAAUGGCAUUCCCUGAGAGGAACUAAUUUGUUUUUUAUUUUUUAAAUGUGGAACACUCUGUAUAGCGAGUGGGAAAAUUUGCACGGCUUUGUCAUUGGAUAAUGUGAUAAGUCAAUUCGAAUUUUAAAAUUGAAAGAAAAUGAAGUACCUAUCUACCUAGGCGUUUAAAUCCAUUAGACCGUCCGUCUUUACAUACACUAGUAAAUUAUUAUGUAAAAAUUAAAAUUUUCGUGAGCAACUUUUGAAUAUACACUAGUGGUAAGUAAUGAGUUACUAGUGUAAAGGCGACAAUAAGUACCUACUUAUUACUAUUUUGCGAUAGAACAAAAGAAAUGAAUCAGUAUUAUUGGUGGAGAGAGAUCGGAAUUUGACUUAGUAAUAUAAUUUAUCCUCAAGUAUGAUGGAAAGUAUUCAAGAAUCCCGAGAUCUUGAAUGGAUAGGUUAGAUAUAUCCGCUAUACAGAGUGUAAAGACUGGUAUAGUCACCACACCACAGAUUUUUUAGGGUAAAAGGGGGUAAUGGGAGUCACUUAAGCGAGAAAUCAAAUAAAAUGUAAUUUCAAAACAAAAUAUUUGUUGCAACCUUUAAACAUAAUUUACUCAAUAAACUAUCAAUUGAGAUCGGUUUCAAUAACUUUGGCAAUCAACUUUGGAAAUUAUAAAAGUUUAAAAAAAUACAGAUUUGAUUCCCAUUAUACCGUUAUGCGUGUAAUGGUAGUCAACAUGGGGGUAAUCAGAGUCAAAGAAAAUCUAGCCUAUAUCGCAGACGUAACCUAGAGCUGAGUCCCAAACGAUGCACUCCGAGUGAGCCCAUAGCCAACAUGAGGUACAUCUGUACCAUAUCUCGUUGUUUCUUCCCAAAUCGUUGCAUACUAGGCACCUGUUUCCCACAUCUUCUACGUCAUCAUCGUUUUAUCUAAUUUUGAGGAAAUAUUUCAGUCGAUCUAAACCUGGUUCUCAUUUGCUAAUUGAAAGUAAAUGAUUUUCUAAAAAAAUUAGACGCUUAUUUUCUAUAUAACAAUUACUUGCGGGUAAUAGUGAUCAAUUGUGGAAAAUGGGAGUCACCCGACUCCCAUUACCCACUACUACUCUAAUGAGUAAUAAAAUAAAUUAAAAUAAAACUGUAAAAUGUUAACACAAUAUGAAUUGCGCAUCACAAUAUUAAAUAUCUAAUUAAGUACAUGUAAAUGACUUGAUUGUGUACUGCAAGAUAUUCGACACUUACCUUCUAAUUUACAUUGACGAAAAAUUAUAUCAUCGAACCGAAAAUAUAAAAUAUGACUAUAUUUCAAAAACGCAGGCGGUUACUGGCGCGAGCCGUUCGUGGCAACGCCGCCGGGGGGUCAAAGCGGAGGAGAGGACAUCGUUUACGCGUCACUCGUUCUGUUUUGUGGAUGUGAGAGUGAUUCUCAUUACCCUCUGACUCCCAUUACCCUACUUUCCCCUAUGUAGCAUUUUUUUUAAAACUACGUUUUAAUCGAACGCCCAUUAUAUGAAAAAAAUAGAUGUAUCUUUUUGAAAAAAUGUGUUUUCGUUUAAAUACUUAUUCUAUAGCUAUUAUAUAAUAGGCUUAUUUUAUUUAUCAGUGUAACUACAUGUUUAAAAAAAUAGUCAACUAUUGUUAAGCUGUCUGCCAUUUGAGCUAGUUUCAACAUACGUAAAACUCGAUAGAACUUCAAAACGCCUAGUGCAA